CGAUUGACUCGAAGACGGUUGCGCCGCUCUGCACUUCCCCGCUAAUUUACGCUCCUUACCUCCUCCAUAUUUACGUGGAUACACACACACACUCCUCUCCUGUGGAUGUCGGCGUCGCAGGAUCAUUUUCUGUUUCAACGUCGCGCGCUUUUCUCGCUAUCCUUCUUCUUCUUCUUCUUCUUCUUCACCUGCUUCUCUCCCUUCCAGAACUUUCAUCUUCAUCCACUCUCGCUCUCUCACUUUCUCCACUUCACUCUUCCGUCCACCGCCUAUGUCGCAGAAGCAGAAAAGGGGUGGUUUUAGGGAACAAAGAUGGCAAGAAAAGCCAAGUUCCAAUAGGAUACCCAGUUCAUCCUCAAAAAUGGAACCUGCAACUGCUGCUGCUGUUGAAGAUGUCACCAGUGGAAUCAAUUUAUUGGAUAUUGCCGACAAAAAUGUGCACUCUAGUGUUCCAUUGCCACAUUUGCAGUUUGGAGGCUUUGGAACGAUGAAUCAGAUACCAGCUCAUAAUCAAAAGGUUGUUUGGAAGCAGAAAUCUUAUGGAAAAGUAAGUGAACCAGCAGCAGUUGAAGUUGUAAAUGCUCCAACUAAUCAAGCUUCAGCUGAAGUCCAGACUAAUGGAGUUAACAAACCAAUAAAUGGGCAAAAGAAUGCUGCUCUUAGCAAUGUAUUUAGAGGUAAUUUACUGGAGAAUUUUACAGUUGGCAAGUCCACGUUCUCACAAGCUCAAGUAAGAGCUACAUUCUAUCCCAAAUUUGAAAAUGAGAAGUCUGAUCAAGAGAUUAGAGCACGGAUGAUCGAGAUGGUGACCAAAGGUUUGGCCACAGUGGAGGUAUCUCUUAAGCAUUCUGGGUCUCUUUUUAUGUAUGCGGGACAUGAGGGUGGAGCAUAUGCCAAAAAUAGCUUUGGUAACAUUUAUACUGCUGUUGGUGUCUUUGUUCUAGGACGUAUGUUUCAAGAAGCUUGGGGUCCUCAUGCAAGCAGGAAGCAAGAAGAGUUCAAUGCAUAUCUUGAGAAAAACCGCAUGUGCCUAUCAAUGGAACUAGUCACUGCUGUCUUGGGAGAUCAUGGACAACGUCCACGGGAAGAUUAUGUAGUUGUUACUGCAGUAGCAGAAUUGGGGAAUGGAAAACCAAAGUUUCAUUCAACUCCAGAUAUAAUUGCUUUUUGCAGAAAGUGGCGCCUACCAACAAAUCAUGUGUGGUUAUUCUCAACAAGGAAGUCAGUGACGUCUUUUUUUGCUGCAUUUGAUGCCCUCCGUGAGGAGGGAACAGCAACCUCUGUCUGCAAGGCUCUGGAUGAAGUUGCUGAUAUAUCUGUCCCUGGAUCAAAAGACCAUAUAAAGGUGCAAGGCGAUAUUUUGGAGGGUCUUGUGGCUCGUGUUGUAAGGCGUGAGAGCUUGGAACAUUUGGAGCAGGUGUUAAGGGACUUUCCUCUGCCACCAUUAGAGGGUGCUGGCUUAGACUUGGGACCAACCCUUCGUGAAAUUUGUGCUGCAAAUAGGUCAGAUGAGAAGCAGCAAAUAAAAGCACUUCUCAAUGGUGUUGGUUCCGCAUUUUGUCCAAAUCAUCUUGAUUGGUUUGGGACUGAAACAUCGAAUUCACAUUCGAGAACUGCUGACCGAUCUGUAAUUUCAAAGUUCUUACAAGCACAUCCUGCUGAUUAUUCAACUGCAAAAUUACAGGAAAUGAUUCGUCUAAUGAGGGAAAGACGCUAUCGUACGUCCUUUAAAUGCUUCUAUGACUUUAAAAAAAUUAAAGAUGUAUCCAGUGACAAUCUGCACUUCAAAAUGGUGAUCCAUGUGUUUAAUGAUUCAGUCUUCCGGCAAUACCACAAGGAGAUGAGGCGGAAGCCUGAAUUGUGGCCACUAUAUCGAGGCUUUUUUGUUGAUCUGAACUUAUUCAAAGCCAAUGGGGAAACUGCUGCUCACAUUUUAAAAGGCAGCAGUCAAAUGGUAAAAGGUGAUGAUGAUAACAAUAGCUUAGCUGAUGAAGAUGCCAAUCUGAUGGUCAAGUUGAAAUUUCUUACAUACAAGUUGAGAACUUUUCUGAUACGUAAUGGCUUGCCAACUCUUUUUAAACAAGGCCCAAUGGCAUACAAGACCUAUUAUCUCAGGCAAAUGAAGAUUUGGAACACUUCACCAGCGAAACAACAAGCAAUGAGCAAGAUGCUAGAUGAAUGGGCUGUGUACAUACGCAGAAAGCAUGGGAAUAAGCAACUCUCAUCAUCCAUAUAUCUCAGUGAAGCCGAGCCUUUCCUAGAACAGUAUGCAAAGCGUAGCCCACAAAACCAGGCAUUGAUUGGAGCUGCUGGAAGCUUUGUGAAAUCUGAAGAUUUCCUAGCUAUUACUGAUGGACGAGAUGAAGAAGGUGAUCUUGAGCAGGAGAAGGAUGUGCCACCACUUGGCCAUAGUAUUUCUAGCAAGGAUACUGUUAUGAAGGAUGAAGGUCUCAUAGUUUUCUUUCCAGGAAUACCUGGUUGUGCUAAAUCUGCACUAUGUAAGGAAAUACUGAAUGCCCCAGGAGGUCUUGGGGAUGAUCGACCAGUUCAAAGUUUAAUGGGUGAUCUUAUUAAGGCUAGAUACUGGCAGAAGGUUGCUGAUGCACGCAGGGCAAAAUCUUAUUCAGUAAUGCUUGCUGACAAGAAUGCACCAAACGAGGAAGUCUGGAGACAGAUUGAGGAUAUGUGUCGAAGCACCAAAUCAUCUGCAAUUCCAGUUGUGCCUGACUCAGAAGGAACUGAAAGAAAUCCAUUUUCACUUGAUGCUCUUGCCGUUUUCAUAUUUCGAGUACUACACCGAGUUAAUCAUCCGGGAAAUCUUGACAAGUCAUCACCAAAUGCCGGCUAUGUAUUGCUAAUGUUUUAUGAUCUUUAUGAUGGCAGGAGUCGAGAGGAGUUUGAGACUGAUCUGAUCGGACGUUUUGGCUCACUUGUCAAAAUACCUUUACUAAAAUCCGAAAGGUCUCCUUUACCGGAUUCAGUGAAGUCUAUUUUGGAGGAAGGAAUGAAGUUGUACCAUCUCCAUACUAGUAGGCAUCGGAGGUUCCAUUUGAAUUUGCUGUUAAACAAGUAUUGGAACAACUGAGGGCUAUUGCUACGGGUGAGACACCAGCAAUUGAGAAGAGGAAGCUUGGAACAAUUGUGUUUGCUGCCGUCAGCUUGCCUGUUACAGAAGUCCAAAGUCUUCUUGAUAAUUUGGCUAAGAAUGACUCUGAAGCCGGAGCUUUUCUUAAGGACAAAAACUUGGGAAGCCACCUUCAAAAGGCCCACGUGACGCUUGCUCAUAAAGGAAGUCACAGUGUGGCAGCUCUUGCAAGUUUUGCUCCCUUUCUUCAUCAACAGGUGCCUGUAGAAAUGACGGCUCUAUUAUUCUCUGAAAGGGUGGCUGCACUUGAAGCUUGCAUUGGAUCUAUUAAUGGUGAAAAGAUUCAGUCUAAAAAUGAAUGGUCUCACGUGACAUUAUGGACCAGCAAAGGAACUGCGCCUGUAGAAGCCAAUUCACUACCGCAAUUACUUCAAGAAGGAAAGGCCAAGCGUGUUGAGGUUGAGCCACCCAUUGCAAUAACAGGAGUCAUUCAAUUCUAUUAAUUGCUGUUUUCAUUCAGUUUCUUAUGAAAAUAAUUCAAUAUGUGAACUGCAAAAAAUGGCAAUUUUGAAUGCCUAGUUUGGGGGUAUGAAUUUUGCAAGAAAUUUAAGGAGUACUAAUAGGCGUUGAAAUUAGGAAUGCUGCAUAGUCGUCAGCUCUUCAAAAUUCAUUUGUAUAGAACAUUGUAUUUACUCUUGAUCCUAGAGUAAUAGAGGUUAAUUGCAUAUUUGCAAAUUAUGGAGAUGUUGAUGUUUUUUAGGAAAUUA